AUGGCAAAGCCGCCGGUCAUGGACAUCUGGCUCGCCCUGCAGCGCAUGUCGUAUCCGGACAAGGACGCGGUAUGGAAACAUAUGAAGGUGGUUGGCCACAAGCGAGAACGAAGGUUUCCUGGCUACUCAUUCCUUCCCAGAGGAGGUCUGUCGUCUCCUUAUGUUCGGUUCCUUACGGAUGCAGAUCUCAUCUUCAACACUACAUCAUCUGGCAAUGUGGAUCCCGAGGAUUUCCACGCCUUGCACCAGCUGGCAGUCGAACUUUUUCGCGGCGAGGCCAAUCUGCACAGCGCUCGCAUCGUUUCCGAUGGUGAGGAGCUCUUUGACGAGGACAUCCUCUCUGCAGCAGACAUGGCCCAAGUUUUUACCUUCGUCCGACAAGGCUGCGACGUGGCGACUUUGACAGGCAGUUACCGUCUGCCGAGUGGCUGGCACGUGCCCGUUGAUCUGACUCUCCAAAGAGGCGACAAGGACAUGUCCAAGGCCACAAGGCUCGAUCGGAUCCUUCUGAACAUCGAGGAUCUUAAUUUUGCCAAGGUCGUCUCGAGAGUUCGAAGGAUUUUGAAGCCCGCUGGCAAAGCUCGGCUGUCGGAUGCUUGGAAUCGCCAGGGCGGCGCCCUUCGUUUUCUUGUGACGCAGCUGGGCCUUGCGAGCCGCAUGCCACUCCAGGAGCAGCAACCGUACUUGAGUUUCCUACAGCUGCGCCCCGGCUUCACACCGGAGGCAUGGAAACAUGCCGCGGAGAUCGAAAUGCAACACCGAGCGCUCGACGUUAUCGAUGAAUGCAGAGGUGUCCUUAGUAACGCCUUUGCCGAUCGUGCAGGAGAGAUUUGGGACGCACUGGAAAGCAAAUCCCAAAUCUUCCUAUCGACGGCUGGUGGCUCGCAGUUGGAGGGCCUUUCCCUUGACGAGCUGUAUUUUGAAAGGUAUGACACCAAAGGUCGCGAAGACAAGGGCAGUGGUACUGGCAAGGGCACUGAUGGCAGACACCCAAUGGAUUCUAGAGGUGCUCCUUCGAGGGGCAGCGGCAAGACGGGAGAUAGACAUGGUGGCAAAGGCAGAAGCCAUGGCAAGGAUGGCGCUGGCGGAUGUCCUGCCCGUGUCAACGCUGUCCCUGCCAAAGGCUACGGCAAGAAAGGCAACGGACAUGCUGGCAAGAAAGGCAAGUUGUAG